AUGUCAGACUUGUUUGACUCCCUGCUGGAACUUCCUCCUUCAUCUGCUCCUUCCAGUCCGCAACCUGCAACCACCGACCUCCCGACGACUCCCGCAAAUUCUGCUGCAACGGAGGAUGCUGCGACAAGGGAGGAGGCACCGUCUCAGGCUGCCAACUCCGCUUUGAGCACUCUUUCUGCUGGGCAGAAGCGACGUGCAGAAGACGAACUUGUUCAAUAUGCAGAGCGAACUGCGCGUCGGGUCCGUCUCAGGCCAGCAGGUCAGCAGGAGCUCCAGGAUGUUGCUCGGCUCUCUCCUGAUGAACGGUCAGUCUGGUUGGCUGCACGUCUCUUGAAGAACGAGCAGCACUUGGAAGUCAUCCAGCCCGCGGACGCUCAAUGGCUCUUGCCAAAGGGAUUGAAGGAUAAGAUUGAUCUCUACACGUUUCUGAUCCUUCUGUCGCCGGAGCUCCCAGCUUACCUCAAGAAUGCGGUGCCUGUCAAACGAAUGAAGACCCUUCUAGAGCAGCAUCCACAAUGGGGAUAUACGGCCGAGGUCCGCGGCGACUCAUACAAGAAUGAGAUCGUCAUGAAGAGGAUACAGGAGCGCUUUACUGACCGGCGUGCGGAGAUCAAGCAGCUGCUGUGGCUGAGCCUAGGUCCGCAGAUGCAGUCGUCAACUGCUAGCAAAAAGACCCGCGCUGCUGCAUUGCGGAUUGAUAUUCUGACGUUGUGUGAGAACAUCGCGGACAAGCACUCUGCUGUCAUGUUCAAACCAACGCUCGAAUUGUGCGCGCGGCUCGCAUUGCUGCGUCGUGUGUUGAUAGAGGUCCUGACGGAGCCCACACUGAAUGUGAAGGAUUACUGGGACCGGGUUGACGAUCGCCUUGAGCACAUCCGCGGCAUGUACCCUAACGAGCCUCGCAAGGUUACUAAACUUUUCAUGAACAUACUUGAUGCCGACAAACAGGAACUUGGUGAACCAUCGACGCUACUACCCUCAGCCCGAGGGAAAGACCCGUCAACAGUUCCUUCCCAGAUCCAAGCUCUUGCCGACAACGCUGCCGGUGGAUUCGCUGAAGAUAUUCGUGAGGACUAGCCUAGUAUUCUGUGUUUUGGUAAUGGUUGUUGCUUACCUCGUUGCUCGUCUUCAUGCUUUCGUUGCUCUUGCUACUCUGAUGCUCUCCACCACUCUCGCGCUGACUAUUCGCAUGCUAUACACUCGUAUUUCCGUCUAAUUGUCUUUUCAUGAUACAUAACGUUCGUUACGGUCUAUUUACAUCACGCCGCCAUGGCCGUCAUAGUAGUUCGACGCUUCAGGCAAUAAUAGUCAAUGUCAC